GAGCGGAGUCCGGGUGGAACCACAGGCAUUCUGCGGAUUCCAGGACUGGCUCACAAAGUUCAGAGUGGAGUUGGGCACCAUGUCCGAGGCAGCUUACCAGCGCCUCUGGGACUCCUCCCACCUGAUCUUGGAAGAGCUGCUGGACCAGGAGUCGCUGCUGGGGGAAGCUGUUCCCGACAGCAAGCGGCAGUCCUUCCAGUACCGGCUCUCCUCGCUCUAUCUGUACUACCUGGGGCUGCUGCGCCGCUUCGACACCCUCUACGACCAGAUGGUGCAGCCGCAAAAGCGGCGGCUGCUGCGGCAGCUGCUGGACAGUGUGGCCUGCCGCGUGCUGGAGCUCAAAGACGAUCUGGUUCGCGCCGACCUGUGUGAGACCCACUGCCUGGACCAAGUGCUGCAGGACUUAAAGCUCACCCCGGCAGACCUGGAGGUUCCGAUUCCCAAGUAUUUCGAGCUGGAGCAGUCCAGCAUCCUGAAGGACCGCGAACACAUGCUGGUAGAGCUGCUGUCCAGAUUGAAGCCAGAGACCUCAGAGGGGAGCUUUCCAAUAUUAAGCCGGACUGAGGCCAUAAUCGUACUGCAAAAGGCAGAGCGGGCCAGGCAAGGCAGGCUCCGGGCCACCUUCAUGCGCGAGAUUCGGAAAGAGGAGGAGCGAGACCGGAAAAUUCGGGAGGAAGGUCGGUUCAAGUUCAGUCAGGAUGAAGCAGCCAUCACCAUACAGAAGGUGUGGAAGGGUUACCUGCAGAGGAAACGCACUCAGCAGGACCGGCGAACCGAGAUGGAGUUCAUCGGCAUGGUGAGCGUCCCGCCCUCAGCCCUGUGCACACCUCCCUCCACUCAGGACUGGGGAAGGGGGGUCUGGGGACCCUGGUGGAGGGUCAGCACAAAGCCACCGCCAAGCCACGUCCCUUCCCUCUGCCCCCCUCCCUCCCAGAGCCCUUCUACCUAUCUGUCCAUCCACCUUUCCGUCCACCCAUCCUUCCAUCCAUCCAUCUCUCUGACCAUCUUAUGUCCAUUUAGUGCCCUCACUGGCCGAUUCCCUGAUUAUCCAGAUGAGUCUUUAGGUGGAUCCUCCCUGAUCUUUGCAGACAAGACUCCAGAACAGGUGAGGAUGGAACUGGAGGUGCAAGUCCAGGAGAACAAAAAAAAGGAGCAAGAGAAAAAUAAGGAGAAAGAAAAGGAGGGAAAAGAGAAAAAGAAGAAGGGAGAAAAGACCAAGAAGGGAGAAGCAGACGCGAUGCUUAGGGCACUGCCUUCCAAAUCCAUCCCUGUGAUUAACGCCGGCCACAAAGAGUACACGAAUCUGUGGAAGAACCGAUUUGACAGCCUCUUUCCCAGCCAGAGUUUUGACUCUGAGACCCUCAAGAUGGAACAGAGGAAAGACGUGGAACAGGAGAUCCGCAUACAGGUGGAUGAUCUGAUGCGUCAGGAGCUGAAGAACCUGAGGUUGGCUGUGGACAGGGAGGAGACGAGACCCAUGAAGCCUCCAAAGAAGAAGGUGGGCAAGAAACCCGGGAAGAAGAAGGAAAAAGACCUGACCCCAGACAGGCCCAUGGACUCCCUGUUUGAAGAGCUCGUCGUCUUAGGCCUUCUAAAGAAGAGCGAGACAGUGCCUUUGAAAGACUACGUUGGUGACUGCCUCUAUCUCGGAUCGGCCCUGAACUUGGCAAACAAGUUGCCUAUGCCCUCCCUGGCUGACAUCCGGCAGAACGUGGCCUUGUACGCGAUUCUGCGGCUUGGCUCCCCAGAUAUACACUCCAUGGCUCCCCUCAUCCGCUCCAUCCUCCUGGUGGGCCCCUCCGGUAUGGGCAAGAAGAUGCUGGUGAAGGCCGUGUGCACGGAGACCGGUGCCAACCUCUUCGACCUGUCGCCGGAGAACCUGCAGGGCAAAUACCCCGGCAAGACUGGGGUGCAGAUGCUGGUGCACGUUGUCUUUAAGGUGGCUCGGUACCUACAGCCCUCUGUGAUCUGGAUUGGGAAUGCGGAGAAGACUUUCUAUAAGCGGGUCCCCAAAGAUGAGGAGGAGACACGGAGGUGCCCACUGCUCUCUCUGCCCCGUGUGCCCCCCACCCCACCGCACGCAGUGCUCUGGAAGCAUAUGAUUGAGGCCCAGGGAGCCAAGGGGACCCAGCACCUGGAUAUCAGCGCCCUGGCCAAGGUGUCCGACGGCUACACGGCUGGCUGCAUCCUCCAAGCCAUCCAGGCGGUGCUGACCGAGCGGCGGCUCCUGCAGUUGUCCAGGCGGCCGCUCCUGACCUCAGAGUUCCUGGGGCCCCUGGCGAAGCUGGACCCGGUGUACCGGGAGGAGGAGGAGUCCCUGAAGGACUGGUACUUCAAGACCCCGCUGGGCAAGAAGAAGAUGAAACUUCUCAAGGACCAGGACGCUGCUGAGGAAGCCAAGGCAAAGGAGAAGAAGAAGAGGAAGUGAAGCUGAGGCUGGGGUGCCUGAGAUUAGGAGCAGGAUGGGUGGGGUCCCACAGGCCAGGAGGGGACUGGGGCGGGACAGAGGUAUAAACGGCCAGACGGCUCGGGGACCUGCUCUCUUUGUCCAUUUCCAUGCUUCCUGCCCCUUGCUCUGUGCCCCUGCCCGGCUCAGCCUUGCUCCACUUCGUACCCACCCUCUCCCCACCCCCGGCCCGGCCGCUCACAAGCCGGCUCUGCUCUGCUUCCCAGACCCCUCUGACCCGCGCCUGGUGUCUCCACCCGCUGUCAUUCACCACCCACCACCUGGCUCCCCAGCUCUCUCCCUCCCCGAGGUGUUUCUGUGCAUGCCCAGUCACUUCGGUUGUGUCUGACCCUCUGCGACCCCGUGGAAUGGAGCCCACAAGGCUCUUCUGUCCUUGGGAUUCU